CCCAUGAGCCGACCCUCGGCCCUAUGGAGCCCGGCACUUAUGCCACCUUGGACGGGGCCAAGGAUAUCGAAGGCUUACUGGGAACAGGAGGGGGUCGGAAUCUAGCCGCCCACUCGCCGCUGGCCAGCCACCCGGCGGCGCCUACGUUGAUGCCCGCUGUCAACUAUGCCCCCCUGGAUCUGCCGGGCUCUGCAGAACCACCAAAGCAGUGCCACCCUUGUCCAGGGGUGCCCCAAGGAGCGUCCCCAGCUCCUGUGCCUUAUGGCUACUUUGGAGGCGGGUACUACUCUUGCCGAGUGUCCCGGAGUUCUCUGAAACCCUGUGCCCAGGCAGCCACCCUGACCGCCUACCCUGCGGAGACUCCUGCGCCUGGGGAGGAGUACCCAAGUCGGCCCACCGAGUUUGCCUUCUAUCCGGGGUAUCCGGGAACCUAUCAGCCUAUGGCCAGUUACCUGGACGUGUCAGUGGUGCAGACCCUGGGGACCCCUGGGGAGCCGCGUCACGACUCCUUGCUUCCCGUGGACAGUUACCAGCCUUGGGCCCUGGCCGGCGGCUGGAACAGCCAGAUGUGUUGCCAGGGUGAACAGAACCCACCGGGGCCCUUCUGGAAAGCGGCAUUUGCAGAGUCGAGCGUGCAGCACCCUCCCGACGGCUGUGCCUUCCGCCGAGGCCGCAAAAAGCGCAUUCCCUACAGCAAGGGGCAGUUGCGCGAGCUGGAGCGUGAGUACGCGGCGAACAAGUUCAUCACCAAGGACAAGAGGCGCAGGAUCUCGGCGGCCACCAGCCUCUCGGAGCGCCAGAUCACCAUAUGGUUUCAGAACCGCCGGGUCAAGGAGAAGAAGGUUCUUGCCAAGGUCAAGAGCAGCGCUACUCCGUGAGCGCUGUGGGGGCAGGGAAAGGAGGGUGGUCCUGGCAAAACUGGGAGCCUUGCCAGGGCCAGGACUGGCCAAGGACUCU